AUGACUGCGCGACAUACAUAUUGGUACGCGUUCCCCCCACACGAAUGGGCCGAACAGAUGUGGCGCUGGGACAUGGAGCGCGGUAGUAGCAGCAGCCUAGCACCUGCGACUCCGAGCAUCCGCAAUCAAUCUCCCGCAACAGACACAGACAGACAUCUCGACGAUCUGCGCACCCCCGUCUUCUGCUUCUGCUUCUGCUUCCCCAUCCCCUCCUCAGCUAAAUUCAAAGGAAAAACAAAGUGCAUAUCAUCUGCGUACUACUACCGCCGGCCUAAUGCGCAAUUAGACCAUACUCGUCUAUCGCACUUCCUCGCUAUGCGCCUCUCUCUGCUGUCCUCUCAGGCUCUCUCGCAGGGCGCGUGCGCGCACGUACGCACACCCGAGGACAGGCGUAGUCGUGCAUUUGACGACCCUGGCGUGACGACAUCUGUCUAG